AUGGCGAAUAUUAGAGACAUGGUCUUUAUUCGUAAUCCGAUUACUUAUUCACCCAUUGAUCUUUCUGCCAUAGUUGAUGAUUCCCUUGAAGCGCUGGGCAUAACACUUAAUUUAAAUAAUUCAUGUCUAACUCUGAUUGGAGCCUAUCGACACCCUAAUGUGCCCACUUCAGCCGCAACUAUCUCUUCCAUCACUUCUUUCUUAAAUAGUCACGAACCCGCUAUCUUACUCGGAGAUAUGAACGCACAUCAUCCUAUGUGGGGCGGCACGUACACUAGCCCUACCGGGCGUUUACUUGCCCAGGACCUUGCUAUUGCAUCCUCGCACAUCUCCCCGCUGUGCGACACCCGGAUUCUGCCUGACCUUCUUGGUAGCGACUAUCACCCGGUGGAGGUUAGUGUUAACUGCCUAGUCCGUACCUCUUCUGUUUUCUCCUGUAAAAUUAAACUCACCAAGGAACAGUGGAGUGAGGUAGAGUCAAAACUGCACAACAUGGCGAACUCUAUUUCUCAAACUAUCAAAGAUAUCAAUCCUAAUGAUCCUGUUUCCCAAUACAAUACCUUUAUGGAACUCAUAUCAACCAGCUUUGAACAUUUCUCUCCCUCGAAACCGCCUCCUUCAACUAAGACAGUCCGCGCAUCUUUUACCAGCAAAGGCCUUCCACCGGCUCCUUGGUGGACUCCUGAGUGCUCCUCUGCGGUGAAGAACCGCAGUGACGCCCUUAAGAACUUUAAAUCGCAUCCUUCCUGGGACAACUACGUCUACUACCGUUCCGUAGUAACACAGACUCGCAAGACUCUUCGUAAGGCUAAGCGCAAUAAUUGGAGAUCCUUUUGCAAUUCUCUCAAUGAGAGACAAAACUCCUACGGCGGAUAUCUGGCGCAUGCUCAAGCGUUUUCGUAA